ACUAAUUACCUUUUUUAAUUUUGCAUGGUAUCGAAGAUCGGGGAAAGUACCGCUGGUCGCAUUACUUCUCCCCAAUAACUAAUUACCUAUAAUUAUUCAUAAUAAACAAAUAUUGGUAAUAAUAUUUGUAUUAAUAUGGCCAUAAGCUGUUUUUUGUUGUCUUGUAAGGGGUUAAAACGGUUGGAAUGGUUGGUUGAAACACGUGUGUUUUUAGGUUUGGAGGAAUUUCGAAUUGGGAACCCGUAGGUUUCUGCCAUGCCCAGUCGGGGGAUGGCGGCCUCACUCUCUUGAGUCUAGACCAGUGUUUUCAACCUUUUUACUGUGGCCAGUGGCGUGGUGAACGGUAAUUUCAGAGGCAAUUGCUUCUGAGAUUUUUUUUAAAUAGAGGGGUGGGUGCCCACUGUGCAAUUUAGGUUACAGAACAUUGUUGCGAUGUAUGAUAUAAGUUGCAAUGCUAACAUCGCACCUCGACGUUACCAAAACAUCGUGUUGAACGGUUUAGUUUACAAAUAUUUUAAGUUUAUAUAUAAACAACCCAGAAACGUUGACGUUUCAACAUCUCUGAAACAAGUUGCUGUAACAGUACAACAACAGCGUAGUGAUGUGACGGAGAACUAUAUUUAUAUUUUUAAUAAUAAUAAUACUAAUUAUUAUUCAAUUAUUAUUUAUAAAUAGACAAAUAUGGUGGUAUUUUUAUAUUUUUUUUAGCUAUAUCCCACGCUCGCCGCUAAAGCGCGGCUAUAGCUAACCCACCCACAGGCCAACAGUCACCAACAUAAUAUUUUUAACACUGCAUAUUAGGUAUUGCAUUUUCAACUGUAACAAGUGACGCAAUUACUAUUGUAAACCGUUUUUAUCCGUCUGUGCAUUAAACGUUUUUUUUUAUUUUUUAAUAUUCGACUACCUAUACUAGCUGUACUAUAGUACCUAUAGGCUAUAUUACGUACGAUGACUGAAACUAGUUUAAAAAAGUUGUGGAUUGUGGCUGUGUUCUCCGAGACCCGUGAUUACAGUGUUAUACCUUGUAACUGGCUGACCGAACCCAUUAAAGAAAACACCAGUAUAUCAUAUUGUAAAUGGCCGGAGUACCCAGUAACCAGCACACAUUUGCAAGAGGCACAAAACCCUAUGCCGAACUGGGACACUUAUAAAAUUAAAAUUUUGAAUGGCAACAAAACAUAUGGUAAUUUUAACAAGGCAUGGCAUACCCAUGUUAAAAUUAAGUAUUCGUCCACAGAGACUGACGAUUAUAUCAAAACCAAGAAAAAACCAAAAUUUAAUAUGUCUUCCUCUGAUGAAAGUUAUGACUUAGAUCCUGGAUAUUCAAUAAUGCCCAUCACAUCGUCUGCAUCUCAUGCCAUUAGUGUAUCUGAAACGUUUAGUCCAGCUACUACCAACAAUGAGAACAUGGUUCACUAUACAAAUUUAUUGCCAAUAUCUACACUAGGUACGCUGACCAAUAAUAUACCUGCCACUGUUACGUCAGGUGCACUGACCAAUAAUAUACCCGGCACUGUUACCUCAAAUAAGUCUCAAGAUAGUCAAGAAUUACUAUAUUCUACAAAUAUUAAUAAUGAUCUGCUGUCCAAUUUCAAUGAACUUGUAUCGUCUCAGCAUAAUAUUUCAGAACUAGAUAGUAUUACUCCACAAUCGUCAUUUAAGUCUAAAACAUGUAUGGACCCUCAACACAUAGAUAUAUUAGAGAAGAUAAACCAAGGAAUUGUUGAAAAUAAUCUAAUGUUAAGACGUUUACUGGCAAAAAUGGAGGUGAUGGAAAGAAACCAAAAAGUAAAAUGUACUGGAGGCGAUAUAUUCUUGAGCCCAGCAUUUAUUGCACAGUUCCCUAUUAUAGAUUUAGAUAAAUUCAAAUUAGUGGAAGAUUGUAUAUUAAAUGAGCCAGAAUAUGUUCCAAAAUUGAAAAGUUUUAUAAAAACAAUUGGUGGAACGGACUUAAAAAACAAUGUUGUAAGGAUUUUGUCUAAACUAAUAACAAACCAAUAUGCCAUAACAUGCUCCUGGACUGGUAGAGGAAAACAUAUUGAUACCAGAAUAGGAGAUUCUGGAUUAAUGAACUCAAUCAAAAAUGUUAUUAAAGAAAUUUAUUCCAAUAAUUACACAGACUCCGAAUUCGAAAAAAUAGUGGCUGACUGGUUCCGUCAUGCCAACACAAGGUUUUCAAGAACAAAAUAAAAAUGUUCACAGCUGUUUUUAUUAUUUUUUUGUUUAUAUACAAUUCUGUAAGGCCAGAAAUUACUCUGUACAAGUAUUUUAUUAUAAUUUUUAUUGAAGUACAGAAAUAUUAUUUUUAUCAUUACUUAACAUAAUUAAUUUAAAACAGACAU